AUGAAUAUCAAUAACAAUAACAAUAAUAUCAAUAACAAUAACAACAAUAACAAUAACAAUAACAAUAAUAAUAAUAACAAUAACAAUAACAAUAACAAUAAUAAAAAUAAUAAUAAUCGCAAUAGUUUUGAAGGAUCAGUACCAGCUGAAGCAACAGAACAAGAAUUAUUGGCUUUUGUUAAAGGAUAUAGUUUUGGAAGACCAAUUGUAGCAGUAAAAAUUUUAGGUAAAUUACAAGCAUUGGUUGAAACUGAUUCAGUAGAGACAGCAUCUAGAAUCAUUGCAUUUGCAAGGGAAACACCGAUUAUAUUCCAUGGCAAACCACUUCAAUUUGAAUAUUCCAAUAGUAAAACGAUAAAUAAUCGUCCAAUUGGUAAUAUUUUACUGUGUACAAUCGAGAAUGCUACCAUGACAGUCAAUGUCGAUCUUUUGAAUCACUUUUUCUCACUCUAUGGCGAAGUGUUGCGUAUUGUCAUCUUUAACAAGUCCGUCAACUUGCAAGCAUUGGUUGAAUAUAGCAGUCCCGAACUAGCAUUCCAUGCCAAGAAGCUCUUGCAAGGUGCAAUGUUGUACCAAGGCGGCUAUUGUGUACUCAGAAUCGAGAUUUCAAAGGUCGAUCGUCUCAAUGUCACAUUAAACAAUGACCGCACUCGUGACUAUACCAAGAAUCUUCCAAGCGAAAACCCUCCUUCCUAUUAUAAAACUAAUGGUAACAACAACAACAACAACAAUAAUAGCAUUAACAACAAUAGCAACAAUGGCAUCCCAAUAACUAAUGGACGAACAGGUAUUGCGCAACCACCACCACAAGGUUUAGCAGCACCACCAGUACGAAGUCGUCUUGUUGGUGGAGGUAAUUCAUCUUCCUACAACAACAACAACCACCACCAUAGUGGUAAUAAUUCAUUUGGACCAUCAAGACACCACCAACCACAAAUUCAACAACAACAGAAUCCUGACAAAAACUCUCUUGCCAUUUCACCGCGUAGUACCGUGAUGAUUUAUGGAUUGGUUGAGAGUAUGAGCUAUGACCGUAUCUUUAACUUGUCGUGUAUCUAUGGCAACGUGCAAAAGAUCAAGAUUGUCAAGAGUGGCCAUAGUGUCAUGGUGCAGAUGGAGGAUGCUUUGCAGGCCGACGCCAUCAUCAACUACUACAAUCAGAUCACUCUGUUUGGCCAACCACUCAAUGUCAUGUGCUCCAAGCACGAUACCAUCACCGACUCGAGCAACCCCGAAUCGGUCACCAACAGUCGCAACUACACCCACACCCCAUUCAAGAGAUUCUCGCACUCCAUCUCGACGUACAAGCAUCUCUACAAGCCCUCGCAAACCCUAUACUUUUCAAAUGUACCAAAAGACUUCACAGAAUCGACAUUCCAACACCUCUUUGCUUCGAUGAACACCCAUAUACCAAUUGCUUUUAAAACAUUUACCUUGCAACAACAGGUAGCAGCAGAUAAUAAUAAUUCUUCCACCUCCACCCCCUCCUCCUCCUCCCCUGGUACCAGCACUACUUCGACCACAUCAACCACCGCUGGUGCCGCCACCACCACCACCAAUGGUGUUGUACAAUCUGCGACAACCACCUCUGCUGCCUCUGCCUCACCUGCAGUGCCCGCCAGAUCAAACGACAAGAUUGUUGGUCUAUUGGAAUUCGCAUCUGUUCAACAUGCCUUGGAAGCUCUUGCCAUUGUCAAUAAUGCUCCAGUUCAAGGUUCAAACAUUCGUCUAUCAUUUAGCAAUUCUUCUGUCAUCCCAGCUGCACCAAAAAAUCAACAACAUCAACAACAACAACAACAGCAACAACAAUAA